AUGUCAAAGAAAACAAAACAGGUGGAGGUCAUAGUGGUGUCCCUGGGCGUGAUCACAUUGUCUGCAGCUUGUGGGAACAAAGUCUCAGGGAGGUGCCAUGGAGUAGGCGUAGGAGUAGGAAAACAUACCCGUCUUGAUGGCAUCCUCCAUUGGUUGUCUGGCUUCCAAAAUACCAAGGAAGCUAUUGGCGCUUUUCUUGACUGCGUCGGAGAUCAGAAGUCCAGAGGUCAAGUACAGACGGCUCUCACAGCGUGUCAUAAAGAAUAUGAAGUGAAAAAAAGCAACGUGGCCCAGUUCUUUUUGAAGGCUGUCGUCCCCAGCAAAUUGCCAGUGGAGCUGCAGGUUCUCCCCGACUGGAUGCGGAUGCCACUGUCUGAGGGGAAUCUGAGUUCCACUCUCAUCGAUGCCCUAGUGUUACAGAGAGUCCGACUGAGGGCACAAGUUGAGAACUUUGAAUUCCCCAGCAGCCAUGCGAUCUCGAGGCCUAUUCGUCAGGUGCUGUAUGGCCUUCUGUUGUCCGACCAGAAGCAGAGGGAUGACAGAAAGCCCAUAGUUGCCCGUGUGAACCCAGGAGAGUGCUAUGUGGAAGAAUAUGACAGAGAGGGCUUGACUCUAACCAUUUUCUGGGUUAAGGCUGCUUGCCCGGUUAGUGGGAAGGACCUACAUCUGAAAACACUGAACGAGGCCCCACGGGAGCUACGAUUGAAGGUCCUUAACGACACGCUUGGUGUGUCCAAACUCAUUUCAACACCCAUUGCAGCCAAAUUUCAGCUUCCUGUCUACGUCACAUGCUAUUGGCUUAGUAAAGCCGACCCACAGCCAUGUUUGGAGCACCUGUGGGCCUUGCUCCUGGGAUUUGUGUUUGGAGAGCUGAGUGACCGAUACAAGGGCGAGACAGGUAUUGCGCUGGUGUUGAAGAGACUGAACAACCUGGGGAGUCACACCACACCUGGAGGCCCAGACCUGAUGGCAGCUCACACCUACAGCCAAUGGCAGGCCUGCAUGAGGGACACUUACAAACUCAACCAACUGCUGUGUCUCCCUCAGGCUGAACUCUGGCCAGAUCCUGAACUUGCAAGGCUUUAUAGCGGACCCUUGGUUCACCAGGCUGCAGCGAGGCUGAGGAGAGGCGCCACCCCAGAGUCGUUCCUCAGUGGGGGGCCAAUGCCCCUGCAGCUCUUCAGAGACCUCGAACGUGCCGUGCUGGACUCCCUGGAUGACGACGUCAGGGACCGGCUGCAGAGAGGGCUGCCACAAAAUCACCCUACGAGAAGAGCCCAAACUAGAGGGAACUUGGAUGAACUGGCCAGACAAUUCGAUCAGAUGUGAGAUGAUGAGAGGAAAGGCGAAGUCUGAGGAUUAGGAAGCCUAUGUCCAGAUCCGCACCCGACACAAGAAGAAGAGCAAGGCUCUGCGAGCUUGCAGUCCUCAUAAACUGAAUAAGCGAAACAGAGUGAUGGGCAGCAUGAUCACAUACAUCAACUUUCAGAACUUAAGAAACACUUUUUAAAGUCUUACAUAAUUAUAUUUACCUCAUGAAUGUGUUGCACUCAAGAUGAACACAUAAUGGAAUGAAUAUUUGCUAAUCUUUCUAUCUUUUAAUGUAUUUUAAUGUUUUAAGACUUGUGAUUGAUAAUCUAUUUUUUUCUUUGUUGUACCAACUAUACUGACAUGAUGAUGCAUGUACGUAUGCAUAUAUAUUUUGUUCUAGGAGGCCAUAUAAUUUGAUUUUAAAAUUUUAAAAUUUUACGAUUAA